GGACUCUGACGAGCUGAAAUGAUACAGUUCGUAACCUGAGAAGGUCGAUUGAAAACCCGAAUUUACAGGAUAUGUCGACUAUCAUCUAGAACUGAAAGUAGAAAUGUCACGCCUUAGCCGUGGAUGUUUGAGAUGCCGCCAGAGACGAGUUAAAUGCGACCAAGGAAAGCCAUCAUGCCAGCGAUGUAUGAACCGAAACGAGAUAUGCGAAGGUUAUCGCGACGAAGCUAGUAUUGUGUUUCGCUAUGAGACGAAUAAAGUAAUAGAGCACGCGGCUGCAGUAACGGCGAGUCCGCCAUGUACCAGUUCUACGCGGAGGUCUAGACGAAGGAGCCGGUCCGUUGGUAAUAGAUUAGACCGGAGUAGAUCGCCUGCGUUUGUUGAUCCUUCCGAUCUCACGGAACAAGAAGCCAAGGGUCUUGAAUUACCGAAUCAGUUCCCGUGGGCUAAGGCAACUCCCACCCAUUUGCAGCCUCCUCCAGAAGACGUGAUGGUUGAUCGCUUCAUGGAUAAAUACGUGAUGUACCCAUGCAACGAGACAUCUUCACCGGGGUUUCUUGAGCAUCUGCCAUCCUUGUUUAAGGAUGUGAACGUGGAGGGUCGAUUUGCGCUUCGUUGGGCCGUUCGAGCCGCAGCAUAUGCCGACCUAUCCAAAGCCCAAAACAACGACGAGCUAGCUAGCAAGGCUUUUCAUUGCUAUGGGAUGUCGCUUUCCGCACUGGGAGAGUCCUUGUCAUUGACGAAUAAGGUCCCCGAUGAUUAUGACUUGAUGACUGUGGUUAUGUUGGACAUUUUCGAGACUUUCUUCAUCAAUGAUCCUUCAAUGAGGGGAGCUCAUACCCAGGGUAUGGCGCAAAUAUUGAGACUGCGAGGGUUCGAUCAGAUCUACAAUCCUCGUGGUUGGAGUCUGUUUAGGCUUGCUCACCAUAGAAUUCGAAGAGAACAGUUAGCCUUCAAUAUGAAACCACUUGACGAGUCGGUCCACUGGAUUAGUCAGUUGAAUGACAAUACCCCCUCAGUCCGUUUAGAGAAAGACGCUUUACGGAUCAGCCAGAUCUGCGAGCGGGGUCGGAAUUUGCAGGAAGCGCUAACUAGCGGCACUUCAUCGACAUUCGAAGUUCUUGAAAUGGUGCAUGAGUUGAUCAAGCUAGACCAAGAAGUAGUCAGCUGGCGCGAAAAGCCCCAAUGGUCUUUCAAAACCCUGCGUGUGGCCGACUUGCCUCAAUUCGAUCCUUCAGUGCGACCAUUAACCGAUACUAUCCAACUCCACCCGGACAUUUGGAUAGCCUAUGAAUGGAAUUACCACCGUACGGCUCGGAUGAUUGGCCACCAACAGCUUUUAAACUGUUUAAUUGCUGCAGUAGGAUCCCCUGACUCGAGUGUGCUGCUGAGAGAGAGCUUUCAUCUAUUAAUUGAACAAUUCACCGAGACGAUUCGUAAACUUGCUGAUGAAGUUCUCUCGACCGUCCCUCAAAUGUUCGGUGACAUUGAUCAUCUAGGUCGUGUGCACGAUCAUCGCACCGGCUCUCCUAGAUGUCGAGGAAUAGGGGGAUACCUACUACUCUGGCCUAUCAAAGUUAUUAAAGGAGUCCAAAUGCGAAUGUCAACGACACCCGAGCAAACACAGAGUGCUCGUGUGGUGUUUGAGCGGAUCCGGGAGUACACUGGAAUGAAGUCACAUCUUGGAUGUCUUAGUAUAAUAUGAAGCACGCUCCCAAAUUGACUA